UCUAAAGAUAUGAAUAAUCUAAAAUGCAUUUUACUCUUAAGAUUUUAGUUUCUUAAUGCAUACGUCUCUGAUAGCAGAAAAGAUUGAAAAUAGCUCUCAGCUGAGCAGCCUAUUUAAUAUAAUGUAUAUAGUGUUAAAUGCUAAGAAAUAAUUGUGUUAAUGUAAACCCUUGAUAGCUAUUUUAUUAUUAUCCUACACAGAUGUUUAUUGGCCAGAAUAAUCUUAGAAUAAGAGGGAGGACGACUUGCAGCUGAUGUUAUACAAUGCAGGGUCGUUUGUCGCCAUUGAGAUUUUGGUUUAGAGCAGAUCGUCCUGGAUUCUGCUUGGCAACAUCUGUGUUGAUAACAGUGAUGUUGUUGAUGUAUGCUGGGGCCAUUCAGGCAAGUCUCAGCUUAGGUCCCGGAGGAGAUUUCCCAAGGAUCAGAGAUGUGUUUCUGUAUGCUCUCAGUCACGAUGACCUGUCCUCUCUGCUGGUCAGUGUUGUGCUCCUGCUGCUGUUGGGACCAUAUCAGGAGAGCCGCUGGGGAACAGUCGCCUUGUUGGCCCUCUCCACCCUGACAAUGAUUUUGUUGCCUUUUGUUUACACUCUGGUCCUCUUUGUGGGAGGAGGUGAGGCGAGUCGGAUCAGUGGUUACUCAGCUGUCCACCUCGCUCUGGUUACAGCGCAGUGUCGACAGACAUCCCAAAGGAGGCUGAUGAGGUGUGUACCAGUCUGGUUCCUCCCCUGGCUUCUCCUGCUGGUUGGCCUUCUGCUGCUGCCAGGGACGCCUGCCCUACUUCACUUUUGUGCGAUAUGCAUUGGACACAACUAUAAUCAGCCCUUUAUUAGGACAUUACAGGAACUGGAGGAAGCCAAGAUUUUUGACUACAUUCCUGACUGGUUGUAUGUUCCUACUUCAGCCAGAUUCAGACUGCCUACCUUUGCAGCUCCACAGAGCUCACUUCCUCAGUUCUUGCCUGUCAAUCAGCCAACUACUCCCCUAGCAAGAGAUCCAACAGCUUUCAGCCACCCCUCUUGGAUGGAACCUUCACCUGCUUGGGUGAUGGAAGAGUCUGUCACACGUCCUGAGGCAGAGCUGCUGGAGGAGGAGAUGCUAAGAGCAGGAAUACUGGCAUCUUUACAGGAUGCUCCUGAGAUGGACUCUGAUAAAAAGGUCGAGGUGCCCAAAUCAUCCGUUUCAUCACUACGACUUCAGCAGCUGGAGAAGAUGGGUUUCCCCACAGAUAAAGCUGUGGUGGCAUUAGCAGCAUCGAAGCAGCUGGAUGGCGCCAUCUCCCUACUUAUUGAAGACAGCAUCGGAGAGCAAGCUGUGGUGGUGUCCAAGGGAAAAAAACGUCUAUCCCUGCAAAACACUUAGACAACUGAACUCGGUCUUUAUCUACUUUUGCACUCAAGAGUAAUAUGCUUAGGUUUUGCUGAGCUUGAAUUCUUUCUGUUGAUUGCAAGAACAGUUUAGAAAAGAAAAAUAUUUAACAAAAAAAAAACAGUUUUGACAUGUAGAUGCAAACGAUUUGUUUGCAUAACUUUGCACCAGAGCAAAAGACAGGAUGUUGUUAGUUUGUUAUAAAACAUGUUUAAUGAAUACUUUUUGUACCACACAUUUAAACAGAUGACAUGUUAAAAUAAUAAUAAUAAAAAAAUUUAAACAAUA